UUGUGAGGAUGACAAUGGAACCGGGAGCCAAUCACGGUCCAGCUUGCGGGUCGGCAUGCAAUGAGUCUGCAGCUUCGGAGGGCCAGGGGCCACCGGUGUUGGUCGACGCCUGGCUGGUCCCCACCUUCUUCGGCCUCAUCAUGUUGGUCGGCCUGGUCGGGAACUCGCUGGUCAUCCAUGUGGUCACCAAGCACCAGCAGAUGAAGACCGUCACCAACUUCUAUAUAGUAAACCUGGCUACCACCGAUAUCUUGUUCCUGGUCUGCUGCGUGCCGUUCACUGCCACACUCUACCCGCUGCCCAGCUGGAUCUUUGGAGAGUUUAUGUGCCGACUGGUGAACUACCUUCAGCAGGUGACGGCUCAGGCGACGUGCAUCACUCUGUCCGCUAUGAGCGUGGACCGCUGCUACGUGACCGUCUAUCCUCUGAAAUCACUGCGACACCGCACCCCCCGCAUGGCUCUGGCCAUCUCUGUGUCCAUCUGGAUAGGCUCCCUGCUUCUGUCCAUCCCCGUUGCCGUGUACCAGCGUCUGGAGGCAGGAGACUGGUUCGGUCCCCAGACGUACUGCAGUGAGGUCUUCCCCUCGGCCCGCCUCCAGAGAGCCUUCAUCAUCUACAGCUUCCUGGCCGUCUACCUGCUGCCCCUGCUCACCAUCACCGCCUGUUACGCCUUCAUGCUCAAGCAUAUGGGGCAAGCCAGCGUGAAUCCUAGCGACGGCAGCUACCAACUCCAGGCUCAGGUGGAGCGAGCGGCGGCGGUGCGGGCGCGAGUCUCCCGGAUGGUGGUGGUGAUGGUGGCCCUGUUCCUCAUCUGCUGGGGCCCGAUCCAGGUCUGCAUCCUCCUGCAAGCUUUUGGCCUCCGCAGUUACGUUCUAUACAAGCUGAGGAUUUGGGGUCACUGCAUGUCUUACUCCAACUCCUCUGUCAACCCGCUGGUUUACGCCUUCCUGGGCAACAACUUCAGAAAGGCCUUCAAGAAUGCCUUCCCGCCAUAUUUCUGUGGCGCAUGAGGGGGAGAGUCAGGGUGGGAGACAUGGACGCAGAGGAACGGGGAGAGAUGGAACGCCAGGCACCCAAAGGAGAAGCAGAGAUGCACUUUCUUUCAUCUGGGUCCUAAAGGUCACAACGGGGCAUUUGGACACUGUGUGCUCAUUGUUUAUUUAUGAUUUGUUCUGGAGAUGAGAGCAGUCUGCUAACACCCUCGGUGUAUCUGGGCAUGCACGCACACACACAUGCACACACACACGCACACACACACACACACACACACACACACACA